AUGCUCGCACAUCCUCUGAGCAAACACUCCGAAUCAGACCUUUCCUUGGGUCUGAGCCCCAACACCUCGCUUACCGACGAGUCCCGUCUGUGUAUGGCAAAAGCGCUCUACGACUUUAGUAGAGGCGUGGACUCGGCUUCUUUGGGCCCCCAUGCUGACGGAAUGGUGGCUUCUUUUGAUGAAGCUUUGGCUUCCAAAGAUGCGCUUACAAUGCUUCCGAACUACAGCAUCAACCCUACUGGAGAGGAGCACGGCUGCUACCUUGUGAUCGACUUGGGCGGCUCUACUCUCCGUGUGGCUGUGGUGUCCGUGGCACCCAACGACGGUGUUGAUGAUCGUUCCCACAGAAUCAACAUUGUCACCUCCAACAAGUGGAUUGUCGACAACUCGGCCAAAACCAUAGACCUCAACUUCUUCAAGUGGAUCGGCUCCAAGAUAGCCGAGACCAUCGACAGCCAGAACGUCAUGAAGCGUGACCAGACCAUCUACACUGGUAUCACCUGGUCCUUUGCCUUGGAGCUGACCUCCUACAAUAGAGCCAAUGUCUGCCACGUUGGUAAAGGCUACGUUGUCAGUGACGACGUCAAGGGCAAGGACUUGAAGCACUUGUUGGAACACAGUCUUCUCGACAACUACAACAUUCGCCUUGACGUCAAGUCCAUCUUGAACGACUCUCUCGCUGUCUACGCUGCUGGCACCUUUAUUGACAGAAAGACCAAGUUGGCACUUGUCUUGGGCACGGGGCUCAACAUGUGCUGUGCUCUCAACUCGUCCAACAAGAUUGUGGAGCUGAAGCACCUUGGCGGCGAGAAGACCAUCUUGUUCAACACGGAAUUGUCGCUCUUUGGCCACAAUAUCAUUGAUGACAUCUUCACCGCCUACGACACCCAGAUCGACCCUCGUUUCAAGCAUAAUUUGCAUUUCGCUCCCCACAUGGAGUUGGACCCUGAAACCAGCACAAUUUUCCAGCCCACAGAGCUCUUGACCUCUGGAAGGUACUUGCCUGAGUUGGUGAGGUUGGCGCUUGUUGACAGCAUCAACAACGAUGAAAUGUUCACCAACCAGAAGCAAAAGUUGCAGCAGCUCUCUACUCCUUACGAUGGCUUCACCGGCGAGUUAAUGUGCCAUAUCGCCGAGGCCGACGACAAUAAGGAAAUCGCCAGAGCUCUUGCCAAGCACUACGGCUGGGACGAGUCCAAGAUCUUGAUGAACGACGUGGUGACGUUGAAGCUUCUUGUGGAUGCUGUCAUCAGAAGAGCCGCUUUCGUGGUGGCCACAUGCAUUGUUUCGCUCAUCAAGUUGUUGGUUGAGCACAACGGCAAGCUCGAGACUGACGUUGUGAAGAUCGGCUUUGUCGGCUCCGUUUUGGAGUACUUCAAUCGCUACAGAGAGUUGAUCAAGAACUACGCCAAUGAGUGCCAGGACAUGCUCGACAUGAAUGUCAGCAUUGAGCUUCGUUCUGUCGAGGAGAGCUCCAUCGUCGGAGCCGCCAUUGGUGCCGCAUACCAUAGAGACCACUAG